AUGGAGAAGGUGAACUGGCGGUUGGUGGCCGCCGCGUUUGCGGGCGUUGCGCUGGCCCUGGAGGCACUGCCCUCGCUGGUGCGUUGGUUGCGGGCCGGGCGGCAGCCGCGGCACGAGGUGCUCUUCUUCCCGUCGCAGGUGACCUGCACCGAGGCCCUGCUGCAGGCCCCGGGCGCGGCGCCGGCCCGGUCCCCGGCCGACUGCCCGUGCAGCCUCCCGCACAGCGAGAGCUCGCUGAGCCGCCUGCUGCGGGCCCUGCUGUCGGCCCGCUCCAGCCUCGAGCUCUGCCUCUUCGCCUUCUCCAGCCCGCAGCUGGGCCGCGCCGUGCAGCUCUUGCACCAGCGCGGGGUGCGCGUGCGCGUCAUCACCGACUGCGACUACAUGGCCCUCAAUGGCUCGCAGAUCGGCCUGCUGCGCAAGGCGGGUAUCCAGGUGCGGCACGACCAGGACUUGGGCUACAUGCAUCACAAAUUCGCCAUCGUGGACAAAAAGGUUCUCAUCACUGGUUCCCUCAACUGGACCACACAAGCCAUCCAGAACAACCGAGAGAAUGUCCUGAUCAUGGAGGAUGCGGAGUACGUGAGGCUGUUCCUGGAGGAAUUUGAGCGCAUCUGGGAAGAGUUUGAUCCUACCAAGUAUAGCUUUUUCCCCCAAAAAAAGCGAAGUUGCUAAAGCUAUG